UGGGGCAGAGAAUCGUUUAGGUGGAAGUGACAGCAAAUUUACGAAACAACUCCCUCUCUCUCUCUCUCUCUCUGUCUGGGAGGUUGCUGCCGGGUGUUGCUGCUGACACCCUUUUUUUCUUGGUGGGGUGUUGGGGGCGGGGAGGUCUUCGAUCAAAGAACGCAGCAAUGGCUUCCUCUUCCUCACUCCUCAGACUCGUCUUCCUUAUCCUCCUUUCUCUCUCAGAUUCUGCAAUUCAAAUUAUGGGCGUGGAAUUCGGGAUUAAUUAUGGCCAAAUAGCGAACAACCUGCCCUCACAUUCUCGGGUGUCCACCCUCCUUGGAUCCCUCAACAUCAGCAGAGUAAAGUUGUAUGAUGCAGAUCCUAAUGUCCUCCUCGCGUUUUCCAAAUCCAAUGUCGACUUCAUCAUAGGUCUAGGCAAUGGGGAUCUCCAGAAUAUGACCGAUCCCGUCAACGCCCAAGAUUGGAUCCAACAGCACGUCCAGCCUUACAUCGGCCAAACCCGGAUCACCUGCAUCGUGGUCGGUAAUGAAGUGCUCAACAGCAACAAUACCCAAUGGAUGGCUUAUCUCCUCCCGGCGAUGCAAACCGUAUAUUUAGCACUUUCCAAACUUGGACUGAAUCAGCAAGUUGCGGUCACAACCGCGCAUUCGCUCAAUAUUUUAGCUACUUCAUACCCACCCUCUGCAGGUGCUUUCAGGCAAGAUCUUGCCGAGUACCUCCAACCCCUGUUGAAUUUUCAGGCGCAGAUAGAUACUCCAUUUCUCAUAAACGCCUAUCCUUACUUUGCCUAUAAGGAUAAUCCGAGCGAGGUGCCGCUGAAUUAUGUGCUUUUCCAGCCUAAUGAAGGGCUCACCGAUCCCUUCACCAACUUACACUAUGAUAAUAUGUUGUACGCUCAAAUUGAUGCGGUUUAUUCAGCUAUUAAAGCGAUGGGACACACUGAUAUCAACGUCAGGAUUUCCGAGACAGGUUGGCCAUCCAAGGGUGAUGCUGAUGAGGCAGGGGCUACUCUGGAGAAUGCACAGAUAUACAAUGGGAAUUUGUUACAGAGGAUAGAGCAGAAACAAGGUACCCCGGCUAAGCCAUCGGUGCCUAUUGACAUAUACGUGUUUGCGCUAUUUAAUGAGAACUUGAAGCCUGGUCCGACAUCGGAGAGGAACUAUGGACUCUACUAUCCAGAUGGUACUCCAGUUUAUAGCCUUGGCUUGCAACGUUAUCUUCCAGAACUAUAUUCAGCGGUUUCAGCGGCUGGAACAAGAGUAUUGCCUUUCUUUGUUGUUUUAGUAUCCAUCACGACAUUCUUAAUGCUUAUUUGAGAGCAUGCUAAUCUGUUUACCGAGGGAACAUUUCGACAAAACAUCUGGAGAUUGUUUACAUGUCAAAGCAGCCUUUUAGUAAUAUGGGAGUUCCACUCCUGGCUCAUAAUCUUGACGAGUUCAAGGAACAUGCGCUAAGAAGGAAGAACGAAGGCACUUCCCGUUGAUUUUCUUUGUACUAGAUAUAAUUCUGCAUCAAGGGGCACAUAGCUGGAGAUUGCAGAGAGUGGGAGUUGAACUUGACGAAUGUACUAGUACGUCUAUCAUUCACAGUUGAAAAACACAAACUACUUACUAAAGUGUAGGAUCUUAGGAAAUUAACACGCUGAUUCACGGCACAACUUAUACGAUAGAUCAUUAGAUAUAGCGGGUCGAUAUGAUCUUUGUACGAACGCGUUCCAAGAGGGAGAACCUGCCGAUGUGGAAGAAGGUUUGAGCUCUUUCGUCGUCUCUCUUUCUCUCGGGGGUGUACGGACUUUACGUUAUUUUCACCUCAGUCAAUAAGAUGGAGCGAUGAGUUUGUACCGGAUA